UGAGCUUCUAUUUGGUUGACACAACAGAGUGUCAGAAAUGUCAAAACUACCUACACAUGAUUCACGUGGUGUACGAUUCACUAAGUUGAUUGGUUCUAAGAAACAAAAGUGUUUUGCAUGCAUAAGAGUUACAAUAUCCAAGCAAGAUGAUGUUAUUGUUAGUGCGAGCACUUCGAGAAUUCACGCGAACUGAAAAACACUCAACAAUGUGCUGUGGUGCAUGUGGUUAGUUGUAAAAUGAAGCGUAUAUGUUUGGAGACGCUUGCAUUUACGGUAUGUUUACUGAAAUGAUUUCUAUCAAACGCUGAUCACAGUUUUUUUUUCAUUUUUCUCUGCUUUGGGUCAUUCGUUUGUGGCAUGCCAUUGCUACUGUGUUUUAUUCGAUGCUGUUUCUUUUUCUUCUUCUUCCCGCCUUCUUUUGCUCUCUCUCUCUCUCUCUCUCUCUCUCGCUCGCUAUUAUUUCUGCAAUAUGAUUUCUGUCAACACAUUGAAGUGUGAAAUGAAGCUCAGCAGCAGCAGUGUAAUAUGGUCAGUUGAAUCGAAGCGCACACAUAUACACAGCAUAAACGGCAGCACCAGAAGAGUUGCCGACUCACGAAUUCGUGAUGUUUUUCAGUUUUUCGUAUUCAAAUGCAUCUAACUGUAAACAAUAUGAAAGAGAGAACAACAUUGAUUGUGUAAGUAGGAUUUUAGCCGGCGACACACAGCACCACGAUUAUAUCGUAACGUAUCGUAACACACACACAGUGCUUUGGACUAGAGCUCAUCGAUCGACUUGUGUUUCGUACAUGCGGUCAACCGACAGAAGAAGCAAUAAAACACACACCAAAUUCGAUUACAAUUCCAUUUUCUGACGAUCAAAACAAAAAUCUCGACUUUUCACUGAAAUAAAUUUGCCGACAAUGGAUUACUGCGAUUUGAAUCAUUCCGAACGACAAAUGCACAAAAUGCGACCGCGUACACCACCACUGCCACCGCCAGUCUCAAGACGAAAUCGCAGCCGAUCUCCACGAAGACGAUAUCGAUCACCAAUGUUGUUGCAUCAUGACUAUCAUCGUUCUCGCGACCGACCCAUUGAUCCCUAUGAUGACCCAAACCGGAACUCAAACUCACGUGCACGACCGCAAGAGAGCCGCUGCAUUGGUAUUUUCGGUUUGAGCGAACGUACAACUGAAACGGACAUCCGACGCAUGUUCUCAAAGUAUGGUUACAUUGAAAACACCACGCUCAUCUAUGACAACAAAACUCGUCGAUCGCGUGGCUACUGUUUCGUUUACUUUGAAUCGAUGAAAAGUGCCACUCGAGCUGUUGAAUCAUCGACCAAUCUGCGCAUCGAUAACCGUUAUGUUCGUGUGGAUUAUUCAAUCACCAGUCGACCACGAUCAUCUGGCUCCUCUGAUCGCUACAAAGAUGAAGUGAACCGCUAUGCCAGUGCACGCAAUCGAUCAAACCAUCGACGUGUUCACAGCCCUUCGCCGCCUAGACGCUACCAUCGUUGAACGCUCAUAGUUUCUAGCAUCCAUCGAACAUUUUCAUCAAUCAAACUAAAAUGUAUCAUCGAAAAUCGCAUUAGGAAACGCUGAAAAUUCUAAGCAAUCAACAUUCAACUCAACAAUGAAAAAUUCCAACUAUGAAUCAUUUCCAUAUAAGAAAAAACAAACAAACUCUACAAUCAAGAGGGAAAAGGCCAAAUGAAUCUCGUUUUUUUUUUCUAAAAAAUAUUAGUCAAAUAUUUUAUUCAUUCUAACAUAUGUAAUUUCUUUGAAAUUUAAAAUAUAUUAUAUAAAAAAAAACAAUACAAUUCUAUAUUUGAAACAAA